AUAAAAUGCCCAAUCUUUAAAAAAAAUAAAAUAGAUCGAGGCGGCUGAGCAGACGCAGAGAUGCAGAUUUUUGUGAAGACCCUGACGGGCAAGACUAUUACCCUCGAGGUCAAGCCCAGUGACACCACAGAGACUGUCAAAGCUGAAAUGCAAGACAAGGAGGGCAUCCCACCUGACCAGAAGCGUCUGAUUUUUGCAGGCAAACAGCUGCAGGAUGGCCGCACUCUGUCAGACUACAAUAUCCAGAAAGAGUCCACCCUGCACUUGGUGCUCCAUCUGCGAGGCGGCAUCAUUGAGCCUCCCCUCCGCCAGCUCGCUCAGAAAUGCAACUGCGACAAGAAGAUUUGCCACAAGUGUAAUGCUCGCUUGCACCCCUGUGCUGUCAACUGCCUCAAGAAGAAGUGCGGCCACACCAACAAUCUGCGCCCCAAGAAGAAGGUCAAAUAA